CGAGUGUAAGUUUUUUAAAACAAAUUUUAGGACUUGAAACGGUCGGAGAAAUAAGCUUUUAAACUAUACCAGUUAGGUUCCACACGUCCUAGCACAGACCAUACUGUGGCCAGAAAACCUUGUCACUCCUAGAAAAAUAGAAAUCAGUGUAUAACACCCAAAAAGAUAGCAUUAGCUAUAAAAUGGGUAGUCAGUGGAAAUUUGAGAAUUUGGAUGUAACUCAGAGGAAGGGCCUCUUAAUCAUAACAAUAAAUAGACCCAACAAGAAAAACGCUUUUUCACGAAAGAUGUAUGAAGGUGUAACACAGAUUCUGAAUGAUGCAGCACAUAAUGAUGAAGUUUCAAUAGUAGCUUUUACAGGUGCAGGAGAUUACUAUAGCAGUGGAAAUGAUCUGUCAGGAUAUUCAGAUUAUGAAGGUGCCAGUACUGGAUUUAAUGCAAAGACGACGGACACUGUGAAGAAUAUGGUUACAGCAUUCAUUGAUUUCCCAAAAAUAUUGGUAGCUGUAGUGAAUGGUCCUGCCAUUGGUAUUGCAGUAACUAAGUUGGGCCUGUGUGAUAUUGUAUUUGCAUCUGAAAAGGCAACAUUUCGUACUCCAUUUACUAUCUUAGGGCUGUGUGCAGAAGGCUGCUCAACAUACACAUUUCCUCGAAUUAUGGGCACAUCGAAGGCUGGGAGUAUGCUUUAUUUCAAUUACCAGAUGGACGCGAAGGAAGCAUACACUUGUGGCUUAGUCAGCCAUUUAUUCAAAACAAAUGAUCUGCCAAAUGUACUACAGAAACUGGAAGAAGCCUCCACUUUGCCUGUCAAGUCGCUAAUGGCAAAUAAGAAACUGAUGCGGAAAUGGGAUCAAGAUGCUUUGCACAGAGCAAAUGAACUUGAAAGUCAGCAGCUAGAGGAGCGAAUAGCAUCUGAAGAUUGUGUUAACGCGAUAAUCAAAUUUAUGCAAUCACGAAAUAAGCUCUAAAUAGUAUUUUCUGUUGAUCACAUGGCUAGAGCUGUUUUCGUACUCAAUUCUGUUACAUCACUCUGACAAUGCAUCAUAUAUAAAUAUUAUACUCCAGCUAUAACAAUGAUCAUGCUGUUAUCAUAAAAACAGGACUAAAUAAGUGCCUUGUUGCAGUCUUGCCUUACAUCACUCUGAUAAUGUAUUGUGGCUAGGGUAUUCAUUAAAGGAGCAGCUUGUGACCUUAUUUAUAAUAAUAAAGAGAGCUAUGCCCACUUACACACUUACAUCACUCUAAUAUUACAUAACACAACUUGGGUCACUGUGAAAGGCACUGUAACAUCAUUUAAGUCUGCUGUCUCCCUACCUUUUAUUUUAUUAUUAUUAUUAUUAUUAUUAUUAUUAUUAUUAUUUUGAUGAAUUAGUAUCUCAUCAUCUUCUGAUCAUAUCACUUUCGUUCAUAGCAUGCUGUUUACAGAAUGUAUUCAUUAAUUUGUCUUGUAUUAGCAACAGGACUACCUGAUCAUUGCAAACAAAACAAUGCAAUUACCAUGAUGCAAAUUAGUCAUCAUGCUGAAAAAAAAUUUGAAUAUUGUUGUAAAAAUGGAAAAAUUGUGCUGCAGCCUACACAGUAUUCUCAUUAAUGAUACAAAUGUAAUGGGUAGUCUUAUAAUCACACAGUAUAUAACAUGUUCCAUGUUCCAAGUCGAAAAAAAUUGUGUCAAAACAUUAACAGACACAAAAUUUUAUCAAGCUGUAUAACAGACUAUAAAUUUAGUUUACAUUUGCAGCUAGUAUAGUGAGAUAAUGUUUAGUUGAUUCUAUGUAUAACUAUUUGCAUACAAAAAGAUUAUAACAGACCAUCACAUUUUGUUUUAUAUGUCGCAAUAUUUACAUGUACAUGAUAUAUCUAUACAGUUGUUUGAUUCUCACCUAAUACUGUAAGAUGAUUUCCAUAUGAUUUUUAUUUUACACUAUGUAAAUAAAUAUGUAAUAUCAUGCCACCA